GGCCGGCCCGGGAAGAUGGCGCCAGGCGGGCCGGCCGUGAACUGAGAGCCGGCGGGCGCAGAGGAGCCGGGACCCGCCGCCCAGCGGGGCACGAGCGAGGGCCGCACGCCAGGCUUGUUGCCCGGGCUCAGGCCGGCCCGCGGGGUCAUGUCGGUCAGCGAGCUCUACGCCCAGCACACGAGGGUCUGGAUUCCUGACCCUGAUGAAGUGUGGCGCUCCGCAGAAUUAACCAAGGACUACAAGGUGGGAGACCCCAGCCUCCAGCUCAGGCUGGAAGAUGAAACGAUUCGGGAAUACCCCAUUGAUGUCCAAGGCAACCAGCUGCCCUUUUUGCGGAAUCCAGAUAUCUUGGUGGGAGAAAAUGACCUAACUGCCCUUAGCUAUCUACACGAGCCUGCAGUUUUGCAUAAUUUAAAGGUCCGUUUUCUGGAGUCGAACCAUAUCUACACUUACUGUGGUAUCGUGCUUGUUGCCAUUAAUCCUUAUGAACAGUUGCCAAUCUAUGGUCAAGAUGUCAUCUAUGCCUACAGCGGCCAAAACAUGGGAGACAUGGACCCCCACAUCUUUGCUGUGGCAGAAGAAGCCUACAAGCAGAUGGCCAGGGACGAGAAGAACCAGUCCAUCAUAGUCAGCGGGGAGUCUGGAGCUGGCAAGACCGUGUCAGCCAAGUACGCCAUGCGCUAUUUUGCCACCGUUGGUGGCUCAGCCAGUGACACCAACAUUGAAGAGAAGGUCCUGGCAUCCAGUCCCAUCAUGGAGGCCAUCGGAAAUGCUAAAACCACUCGCAAUGACAACAGCAGCCGUUUUGGGAAGUAUAUUCAGAUUGGCUUUGAUAAAAGGUACCACAUCAUUGGAGCCAACAUGAGGACCUACCUGUUGGAGAAGUCCAGAGUGGUCUUUCAGGCAGAUGAUGAGCGGAAUUACCACAUCUUUUACCAGCUCUGUGCUGCUGCCAGUCUUCCGGAAUUCAAAGAGCUUGCCCUAACGUGCGCGGAAGACUUCUUCUAUACCUCCCAGGGAGGGGAGACAUGUAUCGAGGGUGUAGAUGAUGCUGAGGACUUUGAGAAGACACGGCAAGCCUUCACACUCCUCGGAGUGAGAGAAUCCCAUCAGAUAAGCAUUUUUAAGAUAAUUGCUUCUAUCCUGCACCUUGGAAAUGUGGAGAUCCAGGCUGAGCGUGAUGGUGAUUCCUGUAGUAUAUCACCUCAGGACGAACACUUGAAUAGCUUCUGCCGACUGCUAGGGGUGGAGCACAGUCAGAUGGAGCACUGGUUAUGCCAUCGAAAGCUGGUCACCACCUCAGAGACCUACGUCAAGACUAUGUCCCUGCAGCAGGUGGUCAAUGCCCGCAACGCCCUAGCCAAGCACAUCUAUGCCCAGCUGUUCGGCUGGAUUGUGGAGCACAUCAACAAGGCCCUGCACACACCUCUCAAGCAACACUCCUUCAUCGGCGUCCUGGACAUCUACGGAUUUGAGACAUUUGAGGUCAACAGCUUUGAGCAGUUCUGUAUCAACUAUGCGAAUGAGAAGCUACAGCAACAGUUCAACUCGCACGUAUUCAAACUGGAGCAAGAGGAAUAUAUGAAGGAGCAGAUCCCUUGGACUUUGAUUGAUUUUUACGAUAAUCAACCCUGUAUUGACCUCAUAGAAGCUAAGCUGGGCAUCUUGGACCUGUUGGAUGAAGAGUGUAAGGUCCCUAAAGGAACCGACCAGAACUGGGCUCAGAAGCUCUAUGACCGGCACUCUGGCAGCCAGCACUUCCAGAAACCCCGCAUGUCCAACACGGCCUUCAUUGUGGUCCACUUUGCUGACAAGGUGGAGUACCUUUCAGAUGGUUUCCUGGAGAAAAACAGAGACACGGUGUAUGAAGAGCAGAUCAACAUCCUGAAGGCCAGCAAGUUCCCACUAGUGGCUGACUUGUUUCAUGAUGACAAGGACUCUGCUUCUGCCACCACUGCAUCCGGGAAAGGCUCGUCCUCAAAGAUCAACAUUCGCUCCGCCAGACCCCCCUUGAAAGUCUCCAACAAGGAGCACAAGAAAACUGUGGGCCACCAGUUCCGUACCUCCCUGCAUCUGCUCAUGGAGACCCUGAAUGCCACGACCCCACACUAUGUUCGCUGCAUCAAGCCAAAUGACGAGAAGCUCCCUUUCCACUUUGAUCCGAAGAGAGCAGUGCAGCAGCUCCGGGCGUGCGGGGUGCUGGAGACCAUUCGGAUCAGUGCGGCCGGCUACCCUUCCAGGUGGGCCUACCACGACUUCUUCAACCGGUAUCGGGUGCUGAUCAAGAAGAGAGAGCUCGCCAACACGGACAAAAAGGCCAUCUGCAGGUCUGUCCUGGAAAGCCUCAUCAAGGAUCCCGACAAGUUCCAGUUUGGCCGCACCAAGAUCUUCUUCCGGGCAGGCCAGGUGGCUUACCUGGAGAAGCUUCGGGCUGACAAGUUCCGGGCAGCCACGAUCAUGAUCCAGAAAACUGUCCGGGGCUGGUUGCAGAAGGUGAAGUACCGCAGGCUGAAGGCGACUGCCUUAACUCUGCAGAGGUACUGCCGAGGACUCUUGGCCCGCAGGCUGGCCCAGCAUCUGCGAAGGACACAAGCCGCCAUUGUGCUCCAGAAGCAGUACCGCAUGCAGAGGGCCCGCCUGGCCUACCAGAGGGUCCGCAGGGCUGCCGUCACCAUCCAGGCCUUCACUCGGGGCAUGUUCGUGCGGAGAAUCUACCAGCAGGUCCUCAUGGAGCACAAGGCCACCCUCCUCCAGAAGCACGUGCGGGGCUGGAUGGCGCGGAGGCGCUUUCAGCGGCUUCGGAGCGCGGCCAUCGUCAUCCAGUGUGGCUUCCGCAUGCUUAAGGCCAAGCAGGAGCUGAAGGCCCUCAAGAUUGAGGCCCGCUCAGCAGAGCACCUGAAACGUCUCAAUGUGGGCAUGGAGAACAAGGUGGUUCAGCUGCAGCGGAAAAUUGAUGACCAGAACAAAGAGUUCAAGACUCUGUCGGAGCAAUUGUCGGCAGUCACCUACACACACACCAUGGAGGUAGAGAAGUUGAAGAAGGAGCUGGCCCACUACCAGAAGAGCCAAGGUGGGGACAGCAGCCUGAGGCUGCAGGAGGAGGUGGAGGGGCUGCGAGCGGAGCUGCAGAGGGCCCAUUCGGAGCGCAAGAUCCUGGAAGAUACCCACACCAAGGAGAAGGAUGAGCUGAGAAAGCGUGUUGCAGAUCUGGAGGAAGAAAAUGCUCUCUUAAAGGAUGAGAAGGAACAGCUUAACAACCAAAUCUUGUGCCAAGCAAAAGAUGAAUUUGCCCAAAACUCUGCCAAGGAAAAUCUGAUGAAGAGGGAGCUGGAGGAGGAGCGCUCCCGGUACCAGAACCUCGUGAAGGAGUAUUCACGGUUGGAGCAGAGAUACGACAACCUUCGGGAUGAGAUGACCAUCAUCAAGCAAACCCCAGGCCACAGGCGGAACCCGUCAAACCAGAGUAGUUUAGAAUCUGACUCCAAUUACCCCUCCGUCUCCACAUCUGAGGUCGGAGACACAGAGGAUGCCCUCCAACAGGUGGAGGACAUCGGCCUGGAAAAGGCGGCCAUGGACAUGACCGUCUUCCUGAAGCUGCAGAAGAGAGUGAGGGAGCUGGAGCAGGAGAGGAAGAAACUGCAGGUGCAGCUGGAGAAGAGAGAGCAGCAGGACAGCCGGAAGGCCCAGGAGGAACAAGCAAAGAAUGAUCUAGAUUUGGACCAGGAUGCAGAUCUAGCCUACAAUAGUCUGAAGAGGCAAGAGCUAGAGUCAGAGAACAAGAAGCUGAAGAACGACCUGAAUGAGCUGAGGAAAGCCGUGGCUGACCACGCCACACAGAACAACUCCACCCACAGCUCCCCUGACAGCUACAGCCUGCUGCUGAACCAGCUCAAGUUGGCCAAUGAGGAGCUCGAGGUUCGCAAGGAGGAGGUGCUCAUCCUGAGGACCCAGAUUGUCAGCGCCGACCAGCGCCGGCUCGCCGGCAAGAGCAUGGAGCCGAACAUUAAUGCGAGAACAAGCUGGCCUAACAGUGAGAAGCAUGUAGAUCAGGAAGACGCCAUCGAGGCCUAUCAUGGGGUCUGCCAGACAAACAGCAAGACUGAGGACUGGGGAUAUUUGAAUGAAGACGGAGAGCUCGGCUUGGCCUACCAAGGCCUAAAGCAAGUUGCCAGGUUGCUGGAGGCCCAGCUGCAGGCCCAGAGCCGCGAGCAUGAGGAGGCAGUGGAGGGGCUCCGGGCCCAGGUGGAAGGCCUCAAGGAGGAGCUGGACAAGCAGCAGCAGACCUUCUGCCAGACGCUGCUGCUCUCCCCGGAGGCCCAGGUGGAGUUCGGCGUCCAGCAGGAGCUCUCCCGGCUCACCAACGAGAACCUGGACCUUAAGGAGCUGGUAGAAAAGCUGGAAAAGAAUGAGAGGAAGCUCAAAAAGCAACUGAAGAUUUACAUGAAGAAAGUGCAGGACCUAGAAGCUGCCCAGGCGCUGGCCCAGAGUGAGAGGAGACGUCAUGAGCUCAACAGGCAGGUCACCGUCCAGCGGAAGGAGAAGGACUUCCAGGGCAUGCUGGAGUACCAUAAGGAAGACGAGGCCCUUCUCAUUCGGAACCUAGUGACAGACCUGAAGCCCCAGACCCUGGCGGGCACGGUGCCCUGUCUCCCCGCUUACAUCCUCUACAUGUGCAUCAGGCACGCCGAUUAUGUCAACGACGACCUCAAGGUGCACUCCUUGCUGACCUCCACCAUCAAUGGCAUUAAGAAAGUCCUGAAGAAGCACAAUGACGACUUUGAGAUGACAUCAUUCUGGUUAUCCAACACCUGUCGCCUCCUUCACUGUUUGAAACAAUACAGUGGGGACGAGGGCUUCAUGACUCAGAAUACUGCCAAGCAGAACGAGCACUGUCUUAAGAACUUUGACCUCACUGAAUACCGCCAGGUGCUGAGUGACCUUUCCAUUCAAAUCUACCAGCAACUCAUUAAAAUCGCCGAGGGGGUCUUGCAGCCUAUGAUAGUUUCUGCGAUGUUAGAAAAUGAGAGCAUUCAGGGUCUCUCUGGUGUGAAGCCAACGGGCUACCGCAAGCGUUCCUCCAGCAUGGUGGACGGGGACAACUCCUGCUGCCUGGAAGCCAUCAUCCGCCAGAUGAACUCCUUUCACACAGUCAUGUGCGACCAGGGCCUGGACCCCGAGAUCAUCCUGCAGGUGUUCAAGCAGCUUUUCUACAUGAUCAACGCUGUGACCCUCAACAACCUGCUUCUGCGGAAGGACGUCUGCUCUUGGAGCACAGGCAUGCAGCUCAGGUACAAUAUAAGUCAACUUGAAGAGUGGCUUCGGGGAAGAAACCUUCACCAGAGCGGAGCAGUCCAGACCAUGGAACCUCUGAUCCAAGCAGCCCAGCUCCUGCAGUUAAAGAAGAAAACCCCCGAGGAUGCAGAGGCCAUCUGCUCCCUGUGCACCUCCCUCAGCACCCAGCAGAUUGUCAAAAUUUUAAACCUUUAUACUCCCCUGAAUGAAUUUGAAGAACGGGUAACCGUGGGCUUUAUACGAACAAUCCAGGCACAACUACAGGAACGGAAUGACCCUCAGCAACUGCUGUUAGACUUCAAGCACAUGUUUCCAGUCUUGUUUCCAUUUAAUCCAUCCUCUCUGACCAUGGACUCCAUCCACAUCCCAGCAUAUCUCAAUCUGGAGUUCCUCAAUGAGGUCUGACAAGGCACCUUCCCACCUCUGGCUCCAUUUAAAGGGGAUCAAAUCGGAGACUGAGAGCCUGCACAGAGUGCUGAACUAUAUGGAAUAAGACACAUCUGUCGUCAUUUUUUGUACCUACUACUCAGAAUAAAACACUUGAAAUCUG